AUGACCGGAGUUCCGCUCCAUCACAAGCGAAAGCAUCCCACCUCCUCAAAACCUGACGAGUUCGUAGCCGUUAGCCCCGCUUCCAAGCAGCUCGAGACAGAUGACAUGUACGACGUACCCGUCGGCAUCGCUACCGACCGUGGUGGCAAACUCAACCAAGAGGACGCCUACUUCAUCGGAGGCAAGGUAGUGGAGAGACUCACUCUCAAUGGAUACACCAGCUCGGCCAGUGGCUGCUUCGGCAUCUUCGACGGUCACGCGGGCGACCGCGCCUCGCGCUUCUGCGCCGAGAAUAUUUUCCCGCGAAUCCAUGAGCAGCUCGCCCAGGAAUCCACUGUGAACGACGCCAUUACUAACGCCGUUCGAGGCCUCGGUACGUCUUCGCACUUGCAGCGAGACUGA